CCUUUCUAUAAAUACCGUCAAGAAAGUCUCUUCUUCAACACACCAACUUCAUCACUCCAAAAGGAAACUAAAACAAAAACACGCACUUAGCUACCUAUCAUGAAAAUGGUGAAGCAAGAAUCAAAGAUUCCAUCGAAACAAAACUCACCACCCUCAUCCUCGUCGUCGUCGAAGAAGAGAUUCAAGGGUGUAAGAAUGAGAAGCUGGGGAUCAUGGGUGUCCGAAAUCAGAGCUCCCAAUCAAAAAACGAGAAUCUGGCUGGGCUCCUAUUCAACCGCCGAAGCCGCCGCAAGAGCUUACGACGCCGCUCUCCUCUGUCUCAAGGGAUCAAAAGCCAAUCUCAAUUUCCCCAAAUCCAUCCAAACCCUAAAUUUCUCCGACGAUAGCGCCGCCGUCAUGUCGCCUAAAUCGAUCCAAAAAAUCGCCGCCGCCGCCGCCGCGGAUCUUCUAGAAAGUUCCGAGGAAUUCAGCCCGCUUUCGUCGUCGUCACCGUCGCCGUCGCUUUCGUCGUCGUCGAAUGAGAUUGGUUCUGUUCCGAUUGAGAAUGACCUGAUUAUUUUGGACGGCGGCGGAGGUGGUGAAGGGGAUUUGUCGUGGUACAACUUUGAAUCCCCCAAGUACUACUACGAGAUGAUGAAUAAUGGGGUUUUCUUUGAUCCGACGAUGGCUGCGCAGGAUGAUUAUGCUUGCUUCGAAGACGAAGAUAUCAGAUUAUGGAGCUUCUGCUGAUUCACCAAUUUGUUUAUUCAAUUCGUUGGAUGAUCUUCGCAUUAUUUCUUGAAGACAUUACUGACCGUGACAGUAUUUUUUUUUUAUAUAUUAUUUUAGUAUAUCUGAGGUUAGUGUGAAAUUCAAAGGAUUUUUCACAAGUGAAAUAUUUUUCGUGGUGAAUUAAUUGAUCAUGUAAUAACUAAUAGUAAGAUGUACACUCAUGUGGCAUGUGGUACCUAUGUGUAUUUUAUUGGGAAAAUAAUGUUUUAUAUCCUACUAUCAUAUUUUAGUAAUUUUAUUGAUCGAUUCAUAAA